GGAGAUUGAUAAAGAGAAAACGAGCGUAAUAUUGAAAUAACUACAUGCAAUAUGUAGGAGUUGUUAUUAUUAAGGAAACAUGUAGUUGCCCAAAAAUAAUUAGUAGAGAAUGCUUAUUACUAUUGGUAUUCAUAUUAUCUCGCUCAUUCAUGUACUCCUCCGUCUCAGUUGGAGAUUUGCUGAACAUUUUGUCAUUCAUUUCGUUCCAACAUAUGUCACCUCCAUUCCAUUCAACAAAAUUCUACUAACGAACUACGUAUACAAGCACUACACAACUAUCUAUCAAAUACUCUUUCAAAAACCUCAUAACACAUCGCCUCAUCGUUUCGUCCUCUUUUCGUUGUGUUCUGCUGUCAACACCUACCAACCAGACCCAACUGCACCGUCGAACUCCCUACCACCAUUGGGUUGUUUAAUUAAUUUUUGAAGGAAGAAGCCAUUCCAGUACGUUUUUGGUGCUAUUUAACGUUUUAAUAGAAUUUGUUUCUUAAGGACAUUUAUUUUGGUGCUCUUUUGAGCCGUUCUUCGCUCGUUUUGGUUGCAACAUGAAAACAGACUUUCAAUUUUCAAAUUUCUUGGGUACUGUUUAUACCAAGGGAAAUUUGGUAUUUACUCCAGAUGGAUUCACUGUUUUAAGUCCGGUUGGCAAUCGGGUCACGGCUUUUAACCUGAAGGAUAACAAAUCGUUUACCUUCCCAUUUGAAAACAGAAAAAAUAUCACCCAGAUUGCACUCUCACCUCAAGCUACGCUUAUGAUGACUGUAGACGAAGAUGGAAGAGCUAUCUUGUCAAAUUUUGUGCGCAGAAAUGCUUUGUAUUACUUUAACUUCAAGUCUCCCGUUCGUGCAAUUGAAUUCGCUCCUAACGGACGCUAUUUCGCAGUUGCUAUAGGAAAGCUUGUGCAGGUCUGGAGAACUCCUAAUGCUUCAGACGAUCUGGAGUUUGCACCGUUUGUCAAACACCGUGAGUAUACGGGACAUUUUGACGAUAUCACCUCUCUCGGUUGGUCCGCCGAUUCUCGGUUUUUCCUUUCUACUUCAAAGGACUUAACGGUUCGUUUACACUCGGUGGACCCUGUUGAAGGAUUCCACCCAUGUGCUCUUACUGGUCACAAAAACACGGUUGUUCGGGCUUUCUUCUCUCAAGACCAACAAACAAUUUACUCUGUUAGUAAGGAUGGUGCUUGCUUCCGCUGGAAUUAUUCACCACUCUUUCAGGCAGGUGAAGUAAUUGACGAAGAAGCUGAGGGUAUUGAAAACCGUACUCACAUUUGGAUGAUUAAAGACCGGCAUUAUUUCAUGCAACAAAACUCCUUCUUACGCUCUGCCGCUUUUCAUCCUGCAACAAACUUGCUUGUGGUUGGCUUCAGCAAUGGCUUAUUCAGUUUGUAUGAGAUGCCUUCCUUUAAUAUGCUUUAUCAACUCAGUGUUGCACAGAGCAGUAUUGACACUAUCAGCAUUGACAAACGUGGUGAAUGGAUAGCUAUUGGUUCCAGUAAACUUGGCCAGCUUCUUGUUUGGGAAUGGCAAUCUGAAUCCUAUAUCCUUAAGCAACAAGCACAUUAUGAUGUCCUCAGCAGUUUGGCCUAUUCUCCGGAUGGUCAACGUGUCGUUACCAGUGCAGACGAUGGAAAAUUGAAGCUUUGGGAUCUUCACUCUGGUUUCUCCAUCGUUACCUUUACUCAGCAUACCGCUGCUGUUACCGGUAUCUGUUUCGCAAAACGUGGUAAUGUACUGUUCUCAAGUUCUCUGGACGGAUCCGUUCGUGCUUGGGAUCUCAUUCGUUAUCGUAACUUCCGCACCUUUACUGCUCCGUCCCGCGUUCAGUUUUCCUGUGUGGCUGUCGAUCCUGCUGGUGAAAUUGUUUGUGCCGGAAGUCAGGACACUUUCGAGAUUUACAUGUGGUCAGUACAAACGGGUCAGCUUCUUGAACGUUUAGCUGGACACCAGGGCCCAAUCAGUACACUUUCUUUCUCAAACGACUCGGGCGUUCUUGCCAGUGGCAGUUGGGACAAAACUGUUCGUGUUUGGGAUAUCUUCAAACGAAGCGGCAUUGUGGAACCUUUGCCCAUGCCUUCUGAUGUACUAUCUAUUGCAUUCCGUCCUGAUGGUAAAGAGCUUUGCGUUGCAACACUCGACGGCCAACUUAGUUUCUGGGACGUAGAUAAUGCUCGCCAACUUUCCUUGAUUGAUGGACGGAAAGAUUUGUCUGGCGGUCGGAAAGCGAAUGAUGCACGGAGUGCUGAGAAUUCCACCUCUAACAAAACGUUCACUUCUAUUUGCUAUACUGCUGAUGGUUCCUGUGUGCUUACGGCCGGAACAAGCAAGUACAUCUGCUUGUACGAUGUUGCUACCAGUAUUUUGGUGAAGAAGUUUCAAAUUUCUAAGAAUGAGUCUCUUGAUGGCGUUAAGGAGAUGCUUAACAGUAAAGACAUGACGGAGGCUGGCCCAAUGAGUCUGAUUGACACUCAAGGUGAGGCUUCUGAUCUUGAAGACAGAAUUGACAACUCCCUGCCGGGUGCUACGAGAGGCGAUUUAUCAUCUCGUCGUGUGCGGCCCGAGGCAAUGUGUAGAUGCAUCCAGUUUUCACCUGGUGGAGAAUCGUUUGCUGCUGCUUCCACUGAGGGAUUGGUUGUUUACUCGUUGAACAACGCACUGGUGUUCGAUCCCUUUAAUUUGGAUAUUGAUAUUACUCCAGAGACAAUCGCUGCAGCAUCUGCGGAAGGUGAGCACCUUCUUGCAUUGGUGAUGGCUUUGCGUUUGAAUGAACACAACGUCGUCAUGAAGGUUUAUGAAUCAAUUCCCAUUGAGGAUAUUGAGCAUGUUGCUAGAGAGCUUCCUGUCAUGUACCUCAAGCAGUUCAUCAAUUACAUUUCCGAAUUUUCACACGAGACACCCCAUAUUGAGUAUCACCUUCGGUGGUUGAAAGCUUUACUCGCUCAUCAUGGACCACUGCUUAAAAUGAGAAGCUUCGAGUACAGUGGGCAACUUACUAGCGUUCGAAAGAAUCUUGUGCUGUUUGGAAAAAAGAUUGAACAACUUGCUCGAAAAAACGAGUAUCAAUUGGAUUUUGUUCUCGAUAAAAUGACAGCUGCUCAAGCCGACGGAAUCAAUUCUGAUGAAAUGGCUGUUGAUGCUGCUUAACCAGGGAGUUAUAUACGCUCUUUGUUUUAAAAAGCCAAAGUAUAGAAAAAUGGCUAGGAUCUGUUAUUGAUCUGGUUUUCAAAAGUGGGUUUGUGGUUCAGUUUGUUUUUUUAAGGGUAGUAAAAUACACGGUUUUAAGACCUUUCAGCUGGAUUAAGCGUUGAGUUGUAUUCCUCGUGUCUAGCAGAGCAGGAAUUUUAUGGAGACAGACAGGAUAGAACAAUGUAUGAUCUGAAGGUACCAAUAACUGACGUAUAUCGUAACUCUUAAGAGAGAAUUCGAAAUGAAUGCCUGUGUCUCCAUAUGAAACGCAGUGUUCAUUACACUCGGAUCCAGCUGGAAAAAAUCCAACUGUUCAUACACUAAGGGACUUAGUAAGAGCCGAGUACCCUAACGCUUCUAUCUCCUUUAGAACUGAAUAAUUAAGCGAAUUAAGGGUCAUGACUAUAAUGCCUUCGGGGUGCUUUACCAAGGUAAUAAAUACCAAGUGAAAUAGAAAUUUGCAGACCCUUUACAUAACAAAUGAACCAGCAUCGCAAAAAUGAUUUUGUUUAGUCACUUGGAAUCUUUGAACAUAUACUGAAAAGAUACACCCAGCUUGGAACUCACUGCUAAUACAAUCGCUCCCAAGCAUUAGUGAUACCUUUUUAUAUCUUCAUUCCGAUAAGCAUGCGCAUCACCCUUUAACAUUUAAGAAGUACAUUUACAGCAAUUUAUGUUUCAAAUGGUUCAAUUCGUGAACGAAUCCGUUUUAUAAAAUGAUUUGAUAAGUUGACAAACAAUCAGCUUUCUCGAUAUCUCUCCUUCCAAAGUUUUAUCUUUUCCCGUAUUUGCGAUGUUUCAGGAGUUGUAUUUAUACCCUUAAAAAUUAAGGUUACAGGCGCAUAACCGAUAAGAAAUUCAAAUGCCGACACUGUCCGCAAUUGCGCUUCCCCUCUUUAAUGGGACCAAUAAGCACAGAUAAAUUCCAUGCCUAAAUUCUUGCACUAGCCCAUUCCGUUAUAAAUGGACAUCACAAUUAUACAACCAAAAAUACCUUUUACUAGCUGUAUGCGUUAUCAUCGUCAGUGUCCCACUUUCACGUGAUCACUUCAAUUGUAAACGUGCAAGCACGUGCGGAAUAUGAUGUAAUAAUUACAUCAUUAGGUAGCAAAAUUUGGCGGUGGAAAUAUACGCGUCUUCCAGCGACCGGC